UAGAGGCUAGCUGCUAAGAGUGAGUCUGGUUGUCAUGGGGGAUAUUGUAUUAACUAGAGCUCUGCCUGGUGGUGCUAUAAACACUGGUGUUCUUAGUGUCUCAAAUCGGUAUGAUCUCGCACGCAUGCCUACAAUUGAAGGUGGACAUAAUUCAGCAGUGCUGAUAGCAAGAGAUGGUCGUCAAGAAGGCGUCAUCCAUCGUUUCAACUUCAGAAUGAGGGCGAAAGGAGCCCGUGCCAAGCAAACUCUUGCUGGUAUGAAGCAAUUCUUUGACCUUCAUGGAUUGCAAGCUGGAGAUCAAAUUACGAUCUAUCUUGUGCAAGAAGAACUGAAGUUGCUUGGAAGAGUCAUUCGCCCCGCAGUUUAUUCAAUUGAUUUUGAGAGGGGGCCCGUAGUCUAAUUAGGUAUAUUUAGAUUGGAAUGUUCUCUCUCUCUCUCUAUAUAUAAAUAUGUAUCUUUAUUAUUAUUUUUUUUAUCAGUAUCCAUCUUUAUGUAUUGAAUCGCCUUUCUUCCGUUCAUUCUAUUUAGAUUGUAAAAAAAGAACACUUAAAUAUGAGAUAACCUUCGUCUAAAGGUCUGAAGUAUAUUAAACAUUUCUAUUAUGUAUCUUCUUUUUCUUUUUUGAAAAUAAGCUACCUUGAUAGGAACCAUUCUGUCGUUCAGUGUGGAUGCAGAAUAUUGGUUCUAUUAGAGUGGCCUUGAUGUUGGUUUUGUUUAAAUGCUUUCUGUUGAUAGGUGAAAGAAGAAAAAAGGGCCUAGGUGCAUGAUUGUAAAAUGUUCAGUUCUGUUGUAAUACAUAUUUUGACGUGGA